AUGAGUAUGAGAAAGCUUUUUGCCGCAACUACUCUUGUAGUUGUCGCCGCCGCAGCCAGUGUCCCGAAAUGCGCUGCAUUUCCUUCAUCUAUGAUCGAGUACUCAUCCGGCUUCAAGCAGCCAAAGCCGCCUUUGGUACAGCCUGAGUUCACAGCAAACUUUGUUCAACACAAAUGGGAUGAAACACUCUCUCACAUCAUGACUGGAUACAUCGAUAAUUCUCCCGCCAAAGGCAUGGUCCGCGUGAAUGAGGCAUACGAUGAUGCGCCAGCUUCGUCGGUGUUUAAUUAUGCAAACGUUACCGGUGAUGGCCUGGUUGAUAAUGUCAUGACCAUCUAUAAUGGAACGACACCUUAUGUCUGGCAAGGCUAUGUUAAUUCCAACUACCCCAUUUUCCAACAAGAUUUUCUUGCCAAAGCCGACGCAGUUUUCGGAGGGAUUGUCACAAGGCAGUUCAACGGCGAUGUGGCCUCUGUAAGUGUUAUUCCGGUGACAGUUUAUGUGAACAGUUGCAAUGUCAUUGUUGGGUAUGACUAUUUUUCGCCUGGUAGGCGUACCCGAGUCGUUACCGACUUCUUCAACAUCCAAGUUCAGACUGGAAAUUGA